AUGGCAGACCUUCAUCCCUCCGCCGCGGGGAAUAAUACAUCUUCCACUAGCUCCAGCACAUCCUCAAACCCACGAUUUACUCCAGUUUCUUAUGCAUCAGACGAAGAUAAUACAGUGCCAGGGCCCGCACAAUCACCCAUAGGCCCAUUGCGACUGCAGACCAACUUUGACGAUCAUCAAGAUGUUGGCGACCCUCUAUCCGAUUUCGAGAACGACGGCAACUAUAACACCAGCACGGAGCUCGAGGGUAAGCUACCGCGCGGUGGUUUAGGCCCGAGGUAUACACUUGAGGAGGAGAGCGAAGUAGUGAGGAGAUUUGAUCGAAGGCUCGUCCCGUUUCUGGCCCUUCUCUACUUGCUCGCCUUCUUGGACCGCUCGAACAUUGGAAAUGCAAAGAUAGCAGGACUCAAAGACGAUCUACAACUUUCAUCUUCGCAAUAUGAAUGGCUACUUACUGCUUUUUACAUUACUUACAUUCUCUUCGAAUGGAUGACACUGAUGUACCGUGUUGUUCCCCCGCAUAUUUAUAUAUCUCUAUGUGUAUGUGGAUGGGGACUUGUCGCAUCAUUCCAGUGUCUAGCUACUUCUUUUGGGGGGCUAGUUGUUCUUCGAGCGUUGCUCGGAAUCACUGAGGCAGCUUUUGGCCCGGGUGUCCCGUUUUACCUGUCUUUGUUCUAUCGCAGACAUGAGCUGGCUUUCCGCAAUGGAUUGUUUAUCUCAGCGGCACCACUCGCGACAUCUUUUGCUAGCAGUCUGGCCUACGUGAUUGUCAGGUUCAGCAGUGACGGCCCAAUCUCACCGUGGCGAACUCUGUUCCUCGUGGAGGGGUUCCCGAGUGUAGUUGUUGCGGUAUUUGCUUGGUUCCUGAUUCCGGACUCCCCUGGUCGGGCUCGAUUCCUGAGUCGCCGACAAAGGGUGGUAGCUCAGCAGCGUCUCGAGGAGAGCACAGCCGAGUAUCAGCAAUCAUAUGGAAGUCGAUUUAACUGGCAAGAAAUCCUGAAGACUGCAGCGGACCCCAAGGCUUAUAUGGCUGCCUUUAUGUUCUUUAGUUGUAAUGUUGCUUUCAGCUCAAUGCCUGUUUUUUUGCCCACUAUCAUUAAAGACAUGGGAUAUUCCUCCUUACAAGCCCAAGCCCUUUCAGCACCUCCGUAUCUCGUCGCCUUUGUCGUGGUCCUACUCACGGCAUACGCAUCAGACCGCAGCCGCUCCCGAAGCCCAUAUUUGAUAGCACACGCCCUCAUCUCAUCACUCGCUUACUUAGCGAUCGCAGCAACAGGUUAUUUCCACUCACAUCUGCCACCAUGGCUUCACAUAUCCAUCCGCUACAUCUGCGUCUACCCUGCUACGGCUGGGUUCUUUUCCGCAAUCACCCUCAUCAUUACAUGGUCAAUGGAUAACCGUGUCGAAAAGGAAGGCAAGGGCGCGAGCAUUGCCAUUCUCAACAUCAUCGGACAGUGCGGGCCCCUGCUCGGGACAAGAUUGUAUCCUGAGACUGACGGGCCGUGGUAUAUUCGGGGCAUGGCUACUUGCUCGUUUUUCAUGGUUGUUGUUGCGGUAUUGGCAGUGGGACUGCGGAUUCUUCUACAGAGGAUGAAUCGGGCGGCUGCGGAAACGACUUACACUAUUGAACAGGCUGGUCCUGUCGACCAGGGUGAGGAGCGGGAUGUGCUUAUGGGUGGUGGGAGGAGGGACGAUUUAGAGCAUUCUACUGGGGAUAGAAGGCUUGUCUAUAUAAUAUAG